AGGGGUGUUGCAGGGUGGGGGAGAAAGAUUUUUUUUGGAGAAGACCCCCGGUAUGUGGGGUCACAGUGGGUUUCCUGGAGCAGUUGGAAAGGGACAGGUUGCAAGGAGAGAGGUAUCCCAGGACUUUGUACUGGGGAACAGUUUGGGAGUGGGUGUUCCCAGACUCUUUGCCUGUGUGUGCGUGUGUGUGUAUGUUUGUGUGGUGUCACUUGCGCUCUCCCAGAACCGUGGGGAUCACAUCAUAUUUUUCCUGGUAGAGAACGGAUUAUUAGGCCUCUGGCACCCUGGGGGAAGGUGUUGCGCCCAUAAAAGCUGCAGUUGCCCUGGCCCCAUUCUGCAGACGCCCCUGAACUGUGGUGCCAGCGAGCCACUUGGGAUUGCCUUGCUCACGUGCCUCCUCCCGCCUUCGUUUUUGAUGUGUCUUUACGGCCUUAGAAAUAAGGAAUCUUGGACAGCCGCCUUUAUAUUCCUUCAGAUGUGUCUGUCUUUAAGCAAAUCCAGUCUACAAAUGUUGGGUUUAUUUAGAAGCUUAAAUUAGGGAUUUUUUUAAAACCUGAUUUUCCCAAUUGAUUUUCUCUGGGGUUCUUGGAGAGAACAAAUUCCUCAGUACACCUAACACUAGUCAGUUUAUGGGAAAUCAACUUAAUUCAACAAAUGUUGAGUUAAAUUGUCUACUGUGCUCAAAGCACUGUGUUGUGGGAACUCUCAGAGAAGAGCAAGACAAGGCCCUUCCCCUCAAGGAACCUUGUCUAGCUGGGAAGAUGGGACAUAUACCUGUGAAAUAGGCAAUGCUUUUGGGAAGAACUGUUGGCUGAUAACUGAGCACUGAUGUUCUGCACUGUCUGACAUGAUGGGACCGGCUUCAGCCUGUGUUCAUCUGGCAUCUAGUGUUCAGCUUGCUGGGCGGAGUGAUUCCUGGGCUCUUCCGGCCCAGAACCAGCUGCAGUUCAAUAAGAAUGUUCCUACACAUCCAAGCAACUUGGCAGCCCGACACUCUCCUCCACACGCCAUUAAAAUUGAGAAACUGAAGCACUUGCACAGCGAGUCCGGCUGUUGUAAAGACUUGGAUUUUAGACACGGUGCUGACCAAAGCAGUUCUGUUUCCUUUUCUGUCAUAUCAGAAGAGAGACUUAGCCAUGCUGUCCACCUCGCCAAAAGAGAUAUGAAACGAAGACAGUUUGAAGAACAUGUAAGACAUCAUCUCAGAAGUCAGCUCCAAGUCUCUCAGAAACACGGAUACACCAAGCAUAGAAUGUCUGACCUUGGUGUGGACAGGAAGGAAUUGAAGAAUCAAGAGGUUUUUCAUUGCAGCCACCAGCCGCCCAAAGCAGAUGUUUCCAGCUCAGGUGCCAAGGUAUACGUCUACACAUCUCAUCCAGGACAAUCAGAUCUGACCCUGCCAAAUUCGCCACCCACCCAUGAUCCAGGACUUCAGCCACAUGCCAGGGUAGGUGACCACAAAAGCCUGUGUGAACACAGAAGCCUGCUAGAAGUUCAGCGACUCCAGAAAAUAUUGAACAAUUGUAUCCAUAAAAUUGAAGAAGUAACUAAAGAAGAGAGAACGGAAGAAGCCUUGGACCCAGAAGAAGAACGGCGGAUCCGGGUCAGGAGGCAGGAGCAAGCUGUCCGUUCUGCGCGCACACUCUAUGGCCUCCAGCAGCAGGUUAAAGAAAUCCAGGAAGAAUUGGAUAAAUUGAGUCCACAUAAAACGAAGCACACUAAGAAGUCAUGGGCAGUGUCCAGGCUGGCAGCUGCCCAUCGAGGAGCCAUUCGGGCCUUACAGACCUUUGUCACUCUGUUCACUGACCGAGGGGAGCGCGCAGUUCCUGCUCAGUAUAAGGAGCUGGGCAGCCUUAUUCGCCAGCUCUCACUCUGUUCUGCCAAGGUGGAUGCUGAUUCCUCUGUUGCCGAUGUGGUUAUAAAUAUCUUGCAUCAAAUUGAGGCUUUGGAAUCCCUACUGGAAAAGAAACUGUCACCCAAAAAGGUGAAGAAAAGUUUCACUGAAAUUAGGAGCAGAUUUCCAGUUGGUAGCCAGCGGUCCUUAGAGAGAUGGCAAAGUGCAUUUCCAAAGAGUGAGAGGAGACCCUUCGUGACAAAGAAGAUAUUUCCACAGGAAACAAGACAACCUUCCGUGGCAAAGAAGGCUCCUGCUGAUAAGUUCCAAUCUGAUAAAGAGCUGCCAGUGGCCCAGAGGCUGGAGAACAAGCUUGAUGUGGUCAAUGCAGAUAUCCUUCCAGAAGAAGCUCCGUCUAUUCCAGACCAAAAUGCAAGCUUCAAAGAUGAGGCAUUAGCCCUGGCAAAAACCAAAGCAGUGGGACAAAAGCCUGUGACUGAAAACGUGCUGCUUAGGAGGAAAGAAGCUCUGGCCCCAGCACGACUACAGCAGGGACUUCACAAAGCUGACAAAAGUAGAUCAGCCCAAUCUCACAGCAAAAGCAGGUUACAACAGACAACAGUUUCAUCCAGAUUAAAAAUAAACCAACAGCCUGUGAAACACAGUAGAGCACCCUGGAUACCUCCAAACCCCACGUCCCCCCCAGCGUCUCCUAAAUGUGCCGCGUGGCUGAAGGUGAGAUCUAGCCCCAAAGAUGCCACAAAAGAGCAGCCUGUGCAGCAGGAAGGCGCUCAAGAGGAAAGUCAAGUGACAGGUGCAGGUGCUGUUGAGCACGAAGCAACUAGACUUGCUUGGCUUGAUGCAGAAACUUCCAAAAGACUGAAGGAACUUGAAGAAUUAAAAGCUGAGGAAGUGGACAAAGCGCAAAAACAGAGUGUUUCUGCCACCCAGUUAGCCGACAAGGUAGAGAAGGAAGUCCUGGAGCGUUUGAAGCCUCUGCUGGUCAAGGCCCAGAGAGUCAAUUCUUCUCUGGAAGCAGAUACUCAUUUGAAGGAUCGGCCGUCAGUAAGCACAGCGACAGCCCAGCCUGCAGAGCAGGCUAGUGCUGUUGACGGUAUACCCGGCAGCAGUUGUCAGCUGGAUGGCACGCUGGAAGAUACCACUCGUGAGCUCUGGGCCAGGGCUCGUCCUAAGAUCUUGGAGCCUGACUCCUUAGCCACCUUGGACAGCAGCGCAUACCUGGAGACCAUGAUGCUCCGAAUGGAGGAGAUGGAGAAAUACCAGGAGGCAGUUCGCCAAAGAUAUAAUAAAAUUGUAUACACUGAUCCUCCUCUGUGGAUGCAGGAAGAAAAAAAUGACCAGAGACUGCCAGCAGUCAGUGAAAGGCCCCUUUCUCCUCAUCCAAUCAGGAUCACAGAGACAGCAGCUGGCAGAGACUCGGAUGUGAACAUCGUGUUAGAAAGGCCCUGGAAUGGCAAUUCCCUGGAUGAAAGUGUGGGAACAGAGGAGAAGCCAGAGAGAAGAGAGCCUCCCCGGGUCGUCACCCUUUCAGAAGAUUCCGAACCUCGAGAGGGUCGCGCUGCCCUCUUUGUCCCAGCUGGUAUGCGGCGCCACAUCGGUGACUACUGCAGCCGGUACGAGCGGUACCUCCGGAUGGUCUCUCACGAGGCCGUGGGCUCCUUCAAUCCCUGGCUGAUUGCCGAAAGUUUUUCAGAAGAGCUGCUGGAUGAAGCUCUGGGGUCCGUGACUGCUGAACUUCAGGAUGUGUGUGAAGAUUACGCAGAAGCUGUGUUCACCUCGGAAUUCUUAGAGGCCGCUGCGUAAAGGCUCCUGCCCCUGGGGCCCUCGUGUCACGCUGGAGAAGGACGGCACCACCCUGGUUUUAGGCUACAGGGAAUCUUGAUCCUCAGCUGCGCACCCAGGCCCAGAGGUGCUGCCCGCCGGUGGGAAGGACGGACCGGUGAGGUCGUCCUCGCCGCGCCUUCCCGCCGUUACCGCAGUGGUUCUGUGGUUUGCGUUGGGGUGUGCUCUAUUUAUUAGUACCCAGGAGACAUGAAUCGAUUAUGACAAUAUAAUAUUUUCUGGAUGUGUACUUUUCCUACUGAUGUAUUUAUUAUGUUCACCCACUGGCUCCGUGUGAUGAUGACAAUGUUUUGAAAAGUAAUUGGCGGGUAUAUUUCACACAGGGAAUCCAGUUGCUCUUGGACCCACGGGUGGUGUCCAUGCAACAAAAGUGCGGUUGCUGUCUGGUCCCAUCACCUGGCUCAGGUGUCCAUCUGUGGCCGUUUCCCAGCAGGACACCUGCGCCCCCUGGGUUAUGGGCGGGGUGAGCCCAGGGUUAGGUGAGAGGCCAGACCUCUGCUCUGCUGCGGCUCGUUGGGAAGAGAGCCGCCAGCUGCCUGUGCACAACAGUAAACAGACGUUUCUGGCGAUCGCUGCCCAGGGGGUGUUUCACGCUUCGGUCCCCCCGAGUCUCCUGUUCCCCGGCGGCAUAUUCUCAUACACACGACUUUCUCUGAAUUCAGGGUGGGCUGGCAUUCCCUGCGCCUGGCCGAAGGUGCAGAGCUCACACUCAUCCCUGGCGAGGGCAGACAUUCCCACAUUCCCAGAGUGCAGAGGGGCCUCGUGCGGGCGGAGGGAACAGAGGCGGAUGGUGUGGGACCUCUGGGUCCCCAGAGAGGGGACGAGGCUGCAGAGCACAGCAGCUUGGUCCUUGCACACCGUCCAAGCUACAUUUUACCAAGAGAAAAAGCCUCUGUGUUUUCCAAAAUCCAGAAAAAGGAAUGUGUAAAAAAAAAUAAGGCCACUGCCCAGAAAAAGGUUCCCUCCAUUCUUUUUUUUUUCUUUCUUUUUUUGUGCCCGGGGUGUGGGGGGUGCAGGGGUCUCGCUGUGCCGUGUGCCCUGUGGUCCGGGGUUUUCUCCGAAGUGCGCGUGUUCCAGGUGUAGUUUAAGCUGCUUGAUCCCACUUAUUUGUACAAAAUUGAUUUUUGUUUAAUGUUAAUGUUUUCUUGAUUAAUCUUAUAAAUAACCUCAGAAUUAAAAAGGCUUCUAGGGAAAUGAAAGGUUUUUAAUUUGAGGAAUUACAUGUGUACAUUUGAAUUGAUAGCUUAAAGUUAUUUGUGUGGCAGUUUUUACUGUGCUGAUUUUUUA